AUGGAUCUCCUCGCUAUGGACAGCACUCUGGCCCUUCAGCGUCUUCUUCCACCUCUGGUCGAUGCAAAUGCUCUCAGUGGACUUCUGGAGACACAACUGAAAGACUGCGUUGCGAAAUGGCGACGACAUCAGCUUCUUCUCAGAGCCAGGCCGGGUUUCGACGAGGUUUUUCUGGAAACGGCUACUCCCUGGGACGAUGCUCUAGGCCAGUUGCUUUUGCCAAUGCUUUUCGAAUUUGAAAACGACGCCCAUAGUCAGGAGGUUGUUCCGAUUCCGGGUCGGCGGGAUUUCAAUUUUGCGUCGGCUGCAGUAAAGAAGUAUGUGCCGUCUGGCUACACCUUCAAAGCCUAUCCCAUUCAGGUACGCACUUAUUUUCCAUAAGUAUGUAUCUUUAGCUGCAAGUUUGGAGGGCUUUGGGGGGAUCUCUAGCCCAAAGAAAACAAGCACAAACUGUCUGUAAAGUCACGUUUAGGUCUUAUAUUGAUUAUUUCACCAAUCAACAAGUAAUUUAAAAUGUUUUUAAACUUUCUGCCAACAUUCAAUAACAGGUCAGAAGUUGCGUCAACCCAAAUCCCUGCAUUUGCGAGUCCUUGUUAUUUUGUCCAUAAAACCCACAAGAUUCACAGUCGAAGUCUCACAAUCCUGUGUCAAUGGAUAGUGUUUUUGAAAUAGGCAUUAAGUAAUCAUAUAACUAGGUGCACCGAUUAACGAUACCAUCGGUCGCAGUGCUACCUAAUAUUUGGGAACUCUGGGCAGUUCAUUGGUCUUAACCAUGACCAGUCCUGUAUGAUUUAGGGAUUUGACAGUAUCUACGGCCUUUUCCAUCUUCCCAGUAGAAUGCUUAAGCAUUUUAUCAAUGAAUGAAAUCUGCGCUUUUGUAGGGUGUAUGAUACGAGGCUUGUAGGUUGACCCGACUUCUAACAAUGGCACCAUCUUUCCGAUGUAAUUUGCCUUGUCCGAAAUUACAGUUGAGCCUCCUUUGUCCACAGGGAGAAUUAUAAUGCUUUUGACAGUUCUCAGGAUUGCGAAAAUUCUCAUGGUAGACCUCAGACGACCAGCUCGACGGGGAAAACAUGGGUCGUCGUUUCGUUUAGAUUCGAGUUUGUGUAAAGGCAGGUUAUCUUAUCAAAGUCUCACACGGUGUUUCUUAGAGGCUCAAAAUUACUGAAGUCAUUAAUCGACAGUCGUUAUGAAGUCGCCAAGCGUGCUUUGAUCGUUACGCGAUGCAAUUUGAUAUCCUUGGGGAGAUUAUAUGGCAGGUUUUACUUGAGUGGGUUUUGGAAAAAAAAACUGCUGUUUUCGGCAACUGUGUAGAAAUUAUAGCUGCUUUCUCGUUAAGCUUAUGAAAACUGCCGUUUUUUUUUAUCGCCUAUCUUGUAAAUAAAAUUUUCGAUCUUCAUUAAUACAUAGAAUAUGUGACCUGUCUCAGAAAGAAUGGCAAGAUAUACGAAUGGUUGCAACUGACUCGUAAACCGGCAUACACGUAUGGACCACAGCUUUGAAAAAAUAACGAACGAUUUCAAAGGAAAUAUCUAAUUCAACAGUAGGUAGUUUACAAAUACUAACUUCUUAAUAGAAGAGGAACGUCCUCAACGAAAUUCAAUAAUGAAUGUUUACUUCGUCUAAUAGCUCAUAAAUUUUUGGCAGAUUUUGAGUAAUUCAUUUUAACCCAACUGUGAAGAACUCGACGCCUCGGUGGGAUUCAAAACCACGGCAGCGAGAGGAAGGCUUUAGUACAGCCAACGCUCUAGGCACCUGAGCUACGAAACCCCAUCUAUGAAUUACGUGAGCCUGGUAGUCAUCUGGUGGAUUCUAGGUGAAUUACUUAUGAAAUCUUGCUUGGAAGUCAGUUUACUGUAUCAGAUUUGGUGGAUUGCAGCCGUUGCAGUAGGUUGGGCGGGUGACUUGACCCAAAUGUGAUUAAAGUCACGUCUCCCGGUGGGGCCUCGUAACUCAGGUGGUUAGAGCGUUGGCUGUACCAAAGCCUCCCCUUGCUUUCAGUUUGUCAGUGAUCGCUACGCGCUCAUUCCAACGUCACCUCGACGAGUUGCGAAAAUUUGA